AUUUUGAUGACACAUUUUGGGCUAAGCAUUAUAUUGUCGUUUCCGCAACGGCAUCUUUUCCGGACAAUAAUCUAAUCAUCGUUUUUUUCUCAUUUUCGCAUUAACCAAAAACUAAUCUACACAAAUCCGACACCUCAAACCAAAAUUUUCAAUUCCAACACGUGGAUCCUUCCAACAAGCCCACACAAUACAAAACGAAUCUUGUUUUCCGGCAACAGAUCAUCAGAUCCUCCUCUGCUCCCAGGUUUUGAGGUGUGAGGGAUUGUGUGUUGAUAUCUGAGACUUAGUUGAUUAGGUUUUGAAAUUGGUAGUAGUUUUAGACAAAGUGUGAAUGGGGAUUCAGACAAUGAAUUCUCAUGUGAGUGGUGGAGGGCAGCAAUCUCAUGUACAACAUCCGCUGCAACGGUGCAACUCGUGGUUAGGCCUAACUCUUGACCAAGUUGAGAGGCACUUGUUAGGUAAUUUGGCAAAGCCAUUAGGAAGCAUGAACCUCGACGAGUUGCUCAAGAAAGUGUGGACCACGGACUCUAGCCACUCGUCUGGAAUGGAAAGUGUCGAAACAUCCCCUGCAGCGUCGCUCCAGCGCCAAGCAAGUUGGUCGCUUGCUAGGGCUUUUACCGGGAAGACAGUGAAUGAGGUGUGGAGGGAUAUCCAGCUAGGAUAUAAGAUGAGUAAUGUGGAGGGCUUGCGUAGCCAGACCCUUGGUGAGACAACUUUGGAGGAUUUCUUGGUGAAAGCGGGGAUGUAUGUGUCCAAUGCUCCCAGUGUUUCUAUUGAACCUGUAAUGUCAUUGGAUAGUGCACUCAAGUCCCAUAAAUUCUCAUCUCAAAUGGGCUUGUUGUCUCCUUCGCCUUCAAUUGAUGAGUUGUCAGACACGCCAUUGCCUGGCCGGAAGAGGAUGUCUGGGGAUCUUGAGAAGACCAUUGAGAGGAGGCUAAGACGAAAAAUCAAGAACAGGGAGUCCGCUGCACGCUCACGUGCAAGGAAACAGGCCUACCACAAUGAGUUGGUGACCAAGGUCUCACGACUUGAAGAAGAAAAUUCAAAGCUUAAGAAGGAAAAGGUGGAAAGCACCUCGAGGAGUUCUUCCCUUCAUAUUGUUCUCUGCCAGCAGCUUCUCUUAAAUCAUGCAAAAUAAGCUAAAAGCUUUCUUGUUCUUCAACUCAACUUGUGCUGCGAAUGCUGCAAUAAGUUAACAGCUUCAAACUGGAAAGAACUGAGUUUCGUCCGUGCAUAACUUAUCAGCUAUGUUCUUUCGAGUUAAGCCAUCAUAAGUCAUGCUUUAACAUCAUAUUAACAGCUAUUUGGAUCUCCCUUUUUCUUUAUUAAUCUUAUUUUCGAACUAUAUUCUGUUGAGUGAUAAAAACUGGUUCGAGAUUUCCUUGCACUUUAGUUGUGUAAAUUUCUCAUGCUGUUUUAUGUCUAUUUGUUAUGAAAUUUGAAGCCGGUGUGGUCAGAAUCAUGAAACAUAUCAUUCAUGUUGCUCUUGCCUGAUGACAAAAAUGUGCCUAUUCUUAAAUUUAGACACUGUAUCUACUUCAUGAUAAUCAUAUAAUGAGUACAAUUGUUCCAUAUUUGUGUUUGUGUGCCGUUAAUCUUUCUUAGUUUCAAGAAAUUACACAACUUAAUUUUGUCUACGCGUGUUGCAGGAAUUCGAACAGAUAGCCUCGUGCGAAGCAGCCUGCACAGUAAGGUACCAGCUGCGAAGAACUUCUUCGUUCUAAUACUACGUCGACAUAGUUUUUGUAGCUCUGCUGAAUGGAGCCUAUACAUGUGUUACUGCAGUAUGUAAAAAUGUGUAGGAGGUGAGGACCGAGAUGCUUAUUAGAAAGAAAUUACCGUAAAAACAGAGCCCAAAUGUAUAUUUGAUAUGAAGUUUUGUUAUUAAAUUAUUUAGCUGUGGUUAAGAGUCAAAA